AGCGAGGCGGCGAGAUUCAAGGCCACAACGAGAUUACAACCCUCGCAUUCCUUGAUCACAAUCGAGGCCGCUAAGCGCCCCAAUCAUUCCCCUCUGGAUUCUGAUAGUUUACUAUCCCAUGAACUGCUGAUCGUUACAUUUUCUGAGGGGUGGGGAGUUUCACAUUACUUAAAGAGGGGUUAUAAAGUUAUUAGAAAUAGAAGUUUAUACCUAGUCUCGAGGUCUACACACAUAUAG